AUGGAUUUAUUCACUGGCGUUUGGUAUCUGUGCACAGGGUUGGCCGUCCUCACCCUUCUUGCGGUGGUCCGCACACAGAGGGUAACACCCAACGCGACCCUACUGCGAGGACCUCCAAGCUCGAGCAUUCUAUGGGGCGUACGACGCAGCAUCCGACAAACUGCGAACCCCGGCGCUCUUUAUGAACGAUGGGAAAGACUGUACGGUGGCGCGUAUGAGAUAACCGGCGUGGCGGGUUCUAAAGAGGUCAUCCUGACCGACUCAAUGGCGCUCUCUCACUUUUACGCCAAGGAUGGAUCAUCUUAUGCCAGGACUACGUAUUUCAGGCUAGGAGUGGAGAAGAUGUCGUCGGGCUCACAUAGCUUACAUAUCAUAAACAGGCAGCGCAAGAAUAUGCUUCCUGCAUUCACCGUAGGAUUCGUGCGCCGUCUGUGCCCUGUUUUUCUAGAAACUGCUCACAAAGUAAGAAAGCUGUCUUCUGCGUGUCGACGACUAACCAUUGAUCUUGAUGCGGUUGGCAGAGCUGGCUACUCCUAUGAUUUUGGUGCGCUGCGUGACGCUCGUGGAACAUUGGUUCAAGUCCUCGAAAAUAUCAGUAGCCUGGAGUCGUCAGUCCUCUUGGUGCUCACGUUUCUGAUGACCCCUGCUUUUCCGAGGCUGGUACUUUUGAUGCCGACUGCGUUCAACAAAGCGAUCUCUGCUCUGAACGCGAAGAUGACCAAAGCGUGCAAUGAGCUGACGGCUCGGGCUAAAGAAGCUGCCGACGCAGGUGCUAUAUCCGAAGACGGCUCGAUUAUUGGGUUAUUACAUCAGGUAGGCUCCGCUCAUAUCCAAGGAGGAUGUCGAAUACAACAUCUUCGUCAGAUGAAGACCCUGCUAGUUGCUGGUUACGAGUCCACGGCUGCAACCAUGACGUGGAUUCUCGUCCGCUUGUCGCAAGCACAAGAUAUACAGGCCAAACUGCGCGAAGAGCUUUUGACAAAUCUUGGAACCGCUGACCCUGAUUGGGCAAGCUUGACGACCGGGCUUCCCUACCUAGAUGCCGUCGUCCAGGAAGUCCUUAGGCUGCAUCCAGCCGUGCUGGAAACCUGGCGUGAGGCUACGACGGACGACACCCUACCUCUCGGCACAGCUAUCACAACACGAGACGGGCAAAUCGUCGACAGGAUAACUAUCAGGAAAGGCACCAGGGUGACGGUUCCGAUCUCGUGCGUAAACCAGGCGGAGAGCAUAUGGGGUGCGGAUGCCUCGGAGUUCAAACCUGAGCGGUGGCUUAGGGAUGGUGGCAUACCGUCCAAGGCCCAGAAGCUCCAGGGACAUCGGCAUAUCCUCACUUUCCUGGACGGCCCAAGAAUGUGCCUCGGGAGGAACUUCGCUUUGGCUGAGAUGAAGGCUGUCGUCAGCGUCUUGAUCCGGCAUUAUGCCUUUAGCCUGAGGGACGGUCCCCACACGAAGCUGGUCACCACUAAGUCCAUAGUGCCGAGGGCCACGGUUGCUGGAGAGAUUGGAGAUCGGGUGCCGUUCAAGUUAAGAAUCCAUCGCAUUGAAUAA